AAAGGUCCGGGAGGUAGGGCCCACUCGGGGGCACCACCAUUGUAGGAGGCUGCGCUCCGUCCCCGGCCUCCGCCUUUAAUUAGGUGGCCAGACGGCGAGAUGGGAGUAGCGCGGGGUGGAAGUUCGCGGCCAUGGACGUCAAGUCCGACUUCGAUCCCGGCAACGAUCCGGACGAUCUGGACCACUUCCACCACCAACAGCACCACCAGCAAAGACGUCCCCGGGGCUUCGCGGCCGCCGCAGCCGCGGCGUCCGCCGGCGGGGCAGCGGCUGUAGCCGGCGGUAAAGGCAACAAGGAGAGGGAGAGGGAGAGGGAGAAGGAGCGCACUAAGCUCCGGGAGCGGCACCGGCGGGCUAUCACCUCCAGGAUGCUCGCCGGCCUCCGUCAGCACGGGAACUUCACCCUGCCCGCCCGCUCCGACAUGAACGACGUGCUUGCGGCCCUGGCGCGCGAGGCGGGUUGGACAGUCGAGGGUGACGGCACCACCUACCGCUCCAACCCUCCCUCCGCACCAUUUCCUAUGAGGAAUAUUGACAGUCCCUUAUCAGGUUCCGCUUUGAAAAGCUGUACCGUUAAAACUUCACUGGCCUGUCCGCCCGUUGCUCUUAGAAUGGAUGACAGCUUGUCCCCAGCAUCUCUUGAUUCUGCUGCUGUUGCAGACAGAGACCUGAAGAGUGAGAAAUUUGCACAUUCUAGCCCUAUAAAUUCACCUGAAUGUCUUGAUGCUGAUCAGCAUAUGCAGGAUUUUUGUCAUGGAGCACCGGAGAAUAAUAUUCCUGAAAGUACAUAUAUACCAGUUUAUGUUAUGCUGCCACUUGGCAUUAUCAAUGGCUUCUGCCAGUUGGUUGAUCCAGAUGGCUUACGACGUGAUCUGAGGCAUCUUAAGUCACUAAAUGUGGAUGGCGUGGUAGUAGACUGCUGGUGGGGAAUUGUUGAAGGUUGGCCACAGAAUUAUCAGUGGUCUGGAUAUAGGGACCUAUUUAAUAUUGUUCGAGAAGUGAAACUCAAAUUGCAGGUUGUAAUGGCAUUUUAUGAAUAUGGGGGAAGUGGAGUGGGUGACAUGCUAAUCACACUUCCAAGGUGGAUUCUAGAGAUUGGAAAAGAAAACCCAGACAUAUUUUUCAUGGAUCGUGAAGGCAGACGAAAUUCUGAAUGUCUAUCCUGGGGUGUUGAUAAGGAACGGGUUUUUAAGGGAAGAACUGCAGUUGAGGUUUAUUUUGACUUCAUGAGGAGCUUUCGGGUGGAGUUUGAUGAUUUGUUCGUAGAUGGCUUUAUUUCUGCUAUUGAAAUUGGUUUGGGUCCAUCUGGAGGGCUGCAGUAUCCAUCAUUUCCUGAAAAAAUAGGGUGGAAGUAUCCUGGUAUUGGUGAAUUUCAGUGCUAUGACAAAUAUCUGCAGCGGAGCCUACAGAAAGCUGCAAAUUUGCAAGGGCAUCCAAUGUGGAGUAGAGGACCUGAAAAUGCUGGCCAGUAUAAUUCAAAGCCUCAUGAGACUGGCUUCUUUUGUAAUAGGGGUGAUUAUGACAGUUAUUAUGGGCGUUUUUUCCUCCAAUGGUACUCACAAGCUUUAAUAGAUCAUGCUGAUUCUGUAUUAUUUCUGGCUAAACUUCUGUUCGAAGACACAGAGAUAGUUGUGAAGAUUCCAGCGGUGUACUGGUGGUACAGAACUGCUAGUCAUGCAGCAGAGUUGACUGCAGGUUUUUAUAACUCUUCUCACCGAGAUGGCUAUGCUGCUAUAUUUGACAUUCUCAAGAAGCACUCUGUGACAGCAAAGUUUGCCUACUCUAGCUUGCACCCUUAUCAGGAGACUGAUGAAGCAAUGUCAGAUUCUGAGGGCUUGACCUGGCAGGUUAUGAACUCAGCUUGGGAUCAAGGAGUAGCUGUGGCUGGACAAAAUGCUUUUCCUUGUUUCGACAGAGAUAGCUAUGCCAGGAUUCUAGAAACAGCAAAGCAUAUGAACAGCCCUGAUCAUCGCCAUCUUUCAUCAUUCACAUAUUUAAGGAUGUCUUCCUUACUGAUGCAGAGAGCAUACUCUUCUGAGUUUGAACAUUUUGUGGAGUGCAUGCAUGGCAAUGACGUGGCUCUGAGACAUUGUUCAAUGACUAUGAACACCAAUUAGAGUUGAGAAGUUGCCGACCUACUGCAAUGGCACCCAUCACUACUUAUGAAAGACAUUGAUGAGAGGCACGAGUCAAUUGGAGGCACAAACUGAGAUGGGCUACUUGCUAGCUCGCUGCUCAUGCUAGUUCAUGGUCUGCUGUUGCUGAUUACCAAUUUUCUCCAUUCAUUCAUAUUCCAAGAAGUCACAGUUGCAAAAUUGGUGGAACCUUCUUCUUAGGGAUCAUCUGCAAUGAAUCAUCCCUUCAGCCUGAAUUCCUAUAAUCAAAUGAUGAGACAGUCGAUGAUGGAUCUACAGUAUGUAAAAGUGCCCUUCACAUUAUGCAUCCUGUAUUGAGUCUCCGUGUAAUAUUUCCUAACCUCUUCUGAUCAAUUAUUCGUCAUUUGUAGUACUACUACAUAGACUCAAACAAAGAGUGCUGCAAGUGAUGUAUCAUGAUUUAUGACCACCAUAUGUUUUCCUCAUACAUACAAACUCCUCAGGAUCCAUUUCUGUUUUGGUCCCACUUAUGCCCUCACUAAACUGGUUGUUGGUAUUUCUUUCUCGAUCUAAUGCAUUAGGUAUUAUUUUUUUA